ACUGCCCUUUGGGCAUUUCUGGACGCUUUUAGACAGUGUUCAUACUUGGCUGUCUGGUUUCACCAGGAACCCUCCUCAAAAGAGGAAGCAGCAAGAACCUCUGCUUUGUUUGCAGGAAAGUGCUCGAGCUACAAGCAAAUCUUUAGGCAUCUGAGGAAUCGUGAAGCUUCUAGAUUUCAUAUGGUUGCUGACAGGGAGGGGCAGACAAGGCCCUUCUUGCAUUCCUCACCAUGGAUAAUCUGUUGCCUCAGUCUAGAUUCUCUUAUUUCAAAAACUAUCCUCUCCAUGUAAUUAGGAAAUAUUUAUUGAUGCUGAGAAACCAAAGAGCCGAAGAACAGGUUGCACGUUUUCAAAAAAUUCCUAAUGGUGAAAAUGAGACAAUGAUUCCUGUAUUGACAUCAAAAAAAGCAAGUGAAUUACCAGUCAGCGAAGUUGCAGGCAUUCUCCAAGCUGAUCUUCAGAAUGGUCUGAACAAAUGUGAAGUAAGUCAUAGGCGAGCCUUCCAUGGCUGGAAUGAGUUUGAUAUCAGUGAAGAUGAGCCGCUGUGGAAGAAGUAUAUUUCUCAGUUUAAAAAUCCCCUUAUUAUGCUGCUUCUGGCUUCUGCAGUCAUCAGUGUGUUAAUGCAUCAGUUUGAUGAUGCCGUCAGUAUCACUGUGGCAAUACUUAUCGUCGUUACAGUUGCCUUUGUCCAGGAAUAUCGUUCAGAAAAAUCUCUUGAAGAACUGAGUAAACUUAUGCCACCAGAAUGCCAUUGUGUGCGUGAAGGAAAAUUGGAACAUACGCUUGCACGAGACUUGGUUCCAGGUGAUACAGUUUGCCUUUCUGUUGGGGACAGAGUUCCUGCUGACUUACGCUUGUUUGAGGCUGUGGAUCUUUCCAUUGAUGAGUCCAGUUUGACAGGAGAGACAACACCUUGUUCUAAAGUGACGGCUCCUCAGCCGGCUGCAACUAAUGGAGAUCUUGCAUCAAGAAGUAACAUUGCCUUCAUGGGAACACUGGUCAGAUGUGGCAAAGCAAAGGGUAUUGUCAUUGGAACAGGAGAAAAUUCUGAAUUUGGAGAGGUUUUUAAAAUGAUGCAGGCAGAGGAAGCGCCAAAAACCCCUCUGCAGAAGAGCAUGGACCUCUUAGGAAAACAGCUUUCCUUUUACUCCUUUGGUAUAAUAGGUAUCAUCAUGUUGGUUGGCUGGUUACUAGGAAAAGAUAUCCUGGAAAUGUUUACUAUUAGUGUAAGUUUGGCUGUAGCAGCAAUUCCUGAAGGUCUUCCCAUUGUGGUCACAGUGACUUUAGCCCUUGGUGUUAUGAGAAUGGUGAAGAAAAGGGCCAUUGUGAAAAAACUGCCUAUUGUUGAAACUCUGGGCUGCUGUAAUGUGAUUUGUUCAGAUAAAACUGGAACACUGACGAAGAAUGAAAUGACUGUUACUCACAUAUUUACUUCAGACGGUGUGCAUGCUGAGGUUACUGGAGUUGGCUACAAUCCGUUUGGGGAAGUAAUUGUUGAUGGUGAUGUCGUUCAUGGAUUCUAUAACCCAGCUGUUAGCAGAAUAGUUGAGGCAGGCUGUGUGUGCAAUGAUGCUGUAAUUAGAAACAACACUCUAAUGGGAAAGCCAACGGAAGGAGCCUUAAUUGCUCUUGCAAUGAAGAUGGGUCUUGAUGGACUUCAACAGGACUAUAUCAGAAAAGCUGAAUAUCCUUUUAGCUCUGAGCAAAAGUGGAUGGCUGUUAAGUGUGUACACCGAACACAGCAGGACAGACCAGAGAUUUGUUUUAUGAAGGGUGCUUAUGAACAGGUGAUUAAGUAUUGUACUACAUACCAGAGCAAAGAGCAGACCUUGACACUCACCCAGCAGCAGAGAGAUCUGUACCAACAAGAGAAGGCACGAAUGGGCUCAGCAGGGCUCAGAGUUCUUGCUUUGGCUUCUGGUCCUGAACUGGGACAGCUGACAUUUCUUGGCCUGGUGGGAAUCAUUGAUCCUCCUAGAACUGGUGUGAAAGAAGCUGUUACAACACUUAUUGCCUCAGGAGUAUCGAUAAAAAUGAUUACUGGAGACUCACAGGAGACUGCAAUUGCAAUCGCUAGUCGUCUGGGAUUGUAUUCCAAAACUUCCCAGUCAGUCUCAGGGGAAGAAAUAGACGCAAUGGAGGUCCAGCAGCUUUCACAAAUAGUGCCGAAGGUUGCGGUAUUUUACAGAGCUAGUCCAAGACACAAGAUGAAAAUUAUUAAGUCUCUACAGAAGAAUGGCUCGGUUGUAGCCAUGACAGGAGAUGGCGUAAAUGAUGCAGUUGCUCUGAAGGCUGCAGACAUUGGAGUCGCAAUGGGUCAGACUGGCACAGAUGUCUGCAAAGAGGCAGCAGACAUGAUCCUGGUGGAUGAUGAUUUCCAAACCAUAAUGUCUGCAAUUGAAGAGGGUAAAGGGAUUUAUAAUAACAUUAAAAAUUUUGUUAGAUUCCAACUCAGCACGAGUAUAGCCGCAUUAACUUUAAUCUCACUGGCUACCUUAAUGAACUUUCCUAAUCCUCUCAACGCCAUGCAGAUAUUGUGGAUCAAUAUUAUUAUGGAUGGACCUCCAGCUCAGAGCCUUGGAGUAGAACCGGUGGAUAAAGAUGUCAUUCGUAAACCUCCACGCAACUGGAAGGACAGCAUUUUGACCAAAAACCUGAUACUUAAAAUACUUGUUUCAUCAAUAAUCAUUGUUUGUGGGACUUUGUUUGUCUUCUGGCGGGAGCUACGAGACAAUGUGAUAACACCUCGAGACACAACAAUGACCUUCACGUGCUUUGUGUUUUUCGACAUGUUCAAUGCACUAAGUUCCAGAUCCCAGACCAAGUCUGUGUUUGAGAUUGGACUCUGCAGUAAUAAAAUGUUUUGCUACGCAGUUCUUGGAUCCAUCAUGGGACAAUUAUUAGUUAUUUACUUUCCUCCACUCCAGAAAGUUUUUCAGACUGAGAGCCUAAGUAUACUGGAUCUGCUGUUUCUUUUGGGUCUCACCUCAUCAGUGUGCAUAGUGGCUGAAAUUAUAAAGAAGGUUGAAAGGAGCAGGGAAAAGAUCCAGAAGCAUGUUAGUUCGACAUCGUCGUCUUUUCUUGAAGUAUGAUGCAUAUUGCAUUCUUUUAUUUGCAAACUAGGAAUUGCAGUCUGAGGAUCAUUUAGAAGGGCAAGUUCACGAGGAUAAUGAAGAUUUGAGAACUUUUUAACUUUUCAUUGACUAAAAAUGAGCAUUAAUGUUAAAGACUUGAUUUGAGACUUUAACCUGCUGGCAGUCCCAAAUGAAAUUAUGCAACUUUGAUAGCAUAUUCCUUGAUUUAAAUUGGCUUUUGCAAUUGAGUGAAACUUUAUAAAGCAUAUGGGCAGUUAUUUAAUUUAAGAAAAAGGUAAAAGCUGAACCACCUUCUGCACUUAAAGAGGUCUAACAGUACAAAUACACUAUCUUAGAUAGAUAUAAAUAUUUUUUUUUAUUUUUAAAUAUUGUACUAUUUAUGGUGGUGGGGCUUUCUUACUAAUACACAAAUAAAUUUCAUCAUUUCAAAGGCAUUCUAUUUGGUUUAGAAGUUGAUUCCCAGGAGUGCCGUAUUUCAGCUACUGUAUUUCCUUUUUCCUGCAAUGUAAGCAGCUCAGAUACCUUGUGUUACCAUUUUUGUAUCUCAAGUUUUUUGCACAGGAUAUGACCACUGUCAGAUCACUGUUCUUUUCUUUCUUUUUGUGAUUGAAAAGCCUAUACUGCAAUUUGAAGUAAAUGUUUGCUUUUCUUAGUAAGUGUAAAUGGUUGCUUUUUUUUAUUUUUAUUUUUUUAGGUCUGAGUCUUUGGUCUAGCAAAAUUAGUACAGGGCUCUCAAGUGGCAUUCUAGUUAGGGUAGCCAUAUCUGUAAUUAACAGUCAUAGAGUCAAAAAUAUUUAAGACUGAUUGGGCUGAAAUUUAUAACAAGUUAUAUUAACAUGUUAUGCCUUCUUUUUGAAUUAAAUAUAAAUACAUAAUUUGUCAAAUUA